GCCACGCGGUCUCUGCAGACGCAGAUACGGUCGACGGUGUCUUCAUAACCUACCAGAGGCUUAACGUCCAUUGGUAUCCCUCAACAGCAUCGUCUACUUGCAACGGAACGGGGACGAUGGCGUUCUUCCUAACAUGCGGAACCCAUACUUUCCAAUCGCUCUUACAAGGCUAUGAGAAUGUUACGGUUCAAUGUCAGAACUGCGGUAACUUUUCUGGACGAGUUGUUAAGAGAUGGGAGUGGUUCACGCUGUGUUUCGUGCCUCUGAUCCCUUUCUCUCUGAAGCCAUGGCAUGAGGUCUUCUGUCACAUCUGCAACUUUCAUCAGGAUGUCAAAUACCGACCGGACGUGCAGCAGCAGAACAACGGCGGACAGAACAUACCAAUGCAGAACCAAGGCGGCAAUCAGGGAUGGAAUGGUCGCCCGGCACCACCUCCUCCGCCAGGCCAGCCUGUGUACAAGUAGCAGCACUCUCGUGUUCGAGCAUGGCGUUGAGGCGUUGAUACUCCGUAUCUGUCUGUGAUAUUACGAUCGAUUAUUGUUGGACGACACUGGAACGAUACAACAUCAUUCAAUCAUGGCAGCACCUAAUGAAAUGCAGUCAUGAAUCACGUGCGCUAUCCUACCUUGUUCGGUCGAGCUUGAGCCCUUGCAUGGUACCUGCGCGGCCGCUUUCUGCGACCUGAGGCUGUACUACCAAAUAUCUUCUGGCGGUUGCUUGAAGGACAUGACUUACUUUGCAGCAGCUUUUCUGAACUCUUCAUAUCCACGACCACUCUGUUAAUGCCUAUGUGGAAGCUCUAUCACAAGCG